CAGCACAGAAAUCCAAGCAUGGCACCUAAAGUCACUGCAGCAAUGACCAAUACUCAGGACCAUCUGACACUGACUCACAAGCUCACAAAGCCUCUGGUGGAGAAGUUACGCAGAGAACGAAUCAACACCUGCAUUGAGCAGCUCAAGUCUCUCCUGGGUCCAGAGUUCCUGAAACAGCAGCCAGACUCCAAACUGGAGAAGGCAGACAUCCUGGAGGUGACCGUUUGCUUCCUGACACAGCUACAGCAGCAGAACCAGCAGCAGAGAAACCUGCUGAACAGCUUCAGCAAGCUGCAGACUGCUUCUGAUGAGAAGCUAAGAGAGGAUGACCUCUUUCCUCUGACUUCCACAGUCCAGACAAGCAUCAUGAAAGACAACAGCGCCCUGUGGAGGCCAUGGUAGAGACUCACAUAAAGUAGUCGCUAAUACAAUAGUUAAAAAGACCAUAUUGGUCAAAGAUUACUGGACUGAAUUCCUUGAAAUUCUUUGUACUUUUUCGUCUGUAGUUACAGAAGUCUUUACUUUGUGUGCUUAAUAUGUAACUUCCUGGUAAAUGACACCGAUAUUGUUUUUCAUGUUAAGAAAGAAUCUUGUCAUGCAUGUUGCAUGAAUCAAAUUGAUUGCAUCAGCAAUUAUUAUUAUUCUUCAUCAUGCUAUAAGCAUAGGUUCUCUAUAAUGUUAUAGUAACAUUAUCUUUUAAAUAAUAUUGAUCAUUUGAUAAGAAGGUUAAGCUGUUCUUCAUCCAAAGUGUGGUCAUAUGUAAAUGUUUAAAUCAUUUUUUGGGUUAAUAUUACUCUGUCACAGUUUUCCAGUGACUAUUAUCUGUUUGUAAAUGAACAUUUUUUAUGUAGAUGUUAUUAUUACAUUGUGAUAAGAGCCUUUGAUCUGUUUUAAGGUCACUUUUUAUUUUGUUUAGUAAUUUGUCUUUUUGUCUUUCAUAAAGACAGCUGUUCCUUUACUCGCUUUGAGUACAGUGUUUCUUGUAGUACAAGUUGUUAUUGUGAUGUAUCAUCACCUGCUGUUAGAGCAUUUAUACUUCAUGCGCCUCACUUUGUCUCAUUGAAUAAACAA